CAAAAACUAGAGCACCGCUGAUCGCCGCCUGAUUGUGGUCAUGGGCCGCUUGUCUGUGGGAACAUCUGGCUGGUGUGGACUCCACCCACGGGAAUUUGCACGGCGAUAUGACCUGGUGGAAUUCAAUUGGACGUUCCAUGAGCGGGACAGUGAUGUCGACCACUACAAGAAGGUGGCGGGGGAACUUCGAGAUUUGCGCUUGCAUGCCGUGCUGAAGGUCUCAGGGGCGGCUACGCACGAGAAGCGCCUUCGCAGUCCUGGGCAGUGGUGGCCGCAGCUGUGGGCGAAGUACAGCGAGCUCCAGAAGGCCGGAGUUUUGGGUGGCCUUCUGUGGCAGCUCGCGCCGUCACACAGAUGUUCACGGCAAAGCCUCGCUGAACUCGAAGAGUUAGCGGCGCACUUGCCCAGAAAUGUUUUGCACAUUUUCGAGUUCCGGCACAGUUCCUGGUAUGAGCAGUACCGGGAUGACGUCAUCAGCCUGCUACGCAGGUGGGGCUUCUGCAUGGCUUGGAUAAACAUCAAGAAUUCGGAUGGCUGGUGCGGGGACCUCGAGGACGGCUGGCCCAGCCUGGUCCGCACGUGCAACGCGGCAUAUUUGCGUUUAUUCGGCACCAAGCAGAAGGCCAUUGGCCGCUAUGGGGAUCAAGUGAUCCACGAGACCAUCCUGCCGAUGGUGCAGGGCCCUGGUGCUCCAGAGGAUUGCAUGGUGGUCUUCGCGCAGGCCGAUGUGCCGGACCAUGCCAAGGCCGAUGCGUCGUUUCUGGUGGAGCUGCUGGGGCGCGGCGACCCUCAACAGGGGAGAAGCACCAAGUGGGAAAGAGACGUGCUGAGCGCCACGCUGGGCCUCGGCAUCGGCACCCAGGUGGCCGGAGCCGUCCAGCGCAUCACCCACCGCACCGUUUUUGUGGAUAUCGGCCGCUCCUGCCGAGCCUUCCUGGACGCCAACCACGCGCGGCGCGCGGGGCUCCUGGACAGCUUGCGCAUCGGCACCCAGAUUGUGAACCUGGAGGUCCAGCAUUUGGACUUCCAAAACGAGUGGGGCAUCGUGGGCUUGUCCUGCCACAAGGCUUCCGUGUCUCUUGGGGCCCAGGAGAAAGCGCCCACCGAAGCUGAAUCAGAAGGUGCAGCUUCCAAGAAGAGCAGAUGGGCCAGGCAAGCGACAGGGGACAAGGGCGGCGGCUUUACCCCGGCCGCCGCCGCCGCCGCCGCCGCCGCCGCGGAGCUGCCCGGGCACCGGGUUCGCUGGAGCCGCUUCGAGGGCCUCGCGGAGAUCGGGGAGGCCGCCGGGAGCCGCCACGUGGUGCCCAUUUCUCCGGAGGAGCUGGAAGAGCAGAUCCGCGCCAAGCGCGCGGCCAGCCGCGCCAAGCGCGAGGAGCGGGUGGGGCGCUGGGCCAAGGCGCUGGUGGAGAAGGCGCUGCAGCCGGCGACGCCGUCCUCCAGCCGGAGUUCGGCUAAGCGUAGCCGAAGUGAAGGGCCUGCAGCACUGACGCGCCGGGAGGAGGCCCUCAGCCGCCGCCCGCUUGAGGACGCUGCGCUGAGCCGCGCUGAGACGCGGAAGGGCGGGAGGCUUGAAGAGAAAUGGUCUCCUGACCUUUGGGCGCAAGUGCUGCCGGGAGAGCCUGGUGACGGGCCCAUGGCGUGCAGUACUGAUGAGUACUUGCUGAUGCAGAUGGAACGGCGCGAGGGAGAAGAAACACGAUGUGACGAAAAGAACCAAGAGACCUUCGGCGAAGAUUCCUGCCCAGGCUGGGGCGUGCAGCACAUGAUGCGCGUCGAAGAGCGGGCAAUAACAAGACGCAUGUGGAGGCCGGCCUUGACGCCAUUGCAGCCUUUGCCAGACGACAAGUCGCCCAAUGGCAAGUCUGGACGAGGCAACAAGAUCCGGCAGAGCGACCUAUCGCAGACCAUCGCCAGCUUCCCCACGCCAACAGAGCCAGUUGCCAGCGAACACGGUGCCGGGGAAGCAGAUGGCCACGGAAAUCACCGCCACGCUGCGAGCGCGCGCUGCCCGGACACGGAGCACGAGUCAGUCGAGGAACGCGCGGAAAGCGACGACUUCGUCGAUGCGGAGGAGUGGCAGGUGUGUCCGAGUGGUCCUGACUUGGAGGACAUGUGGGAGGAGGAGAUGGAGCACGCCUCAGCUGCCAGUGAGGAGGAAGAUGUGGUCGAGCCGAGCGGCACACACGAUGCUCAGAGGCAGGCCGAGGACCUGACCUCAUCCGAUAGCCAAGAAUGGAACUGGGAAAGCCAUGGACCGCCUCUGCAGGCGCCAUGCCGCGAGUCCUGGGCAGAUGAGUCGAAGGAGAUGGACCAGGCCCUAUCGGCCCAUGUGGAGGGCUUGCCGGAGCCGAACUCCCUUGAAGCUGCGGCUGAGGCUCCUUCAGCCAACCCGGGCUGCAACGCACCGCGACUACAGUCUUUGGUAGGCGAGCCGAAGGCAGAUGAGGCAGAGAGUGAGGAGGAGCAGCUCAGCGCUGCCCAGCACAUGACGGACACGCCGGCAGAGGACCACACCUCUGAUGCGCAGCCGGGCGCGGCUCCGGUCCAGACGAGUGCGGCGGCCCCGGCUCCUUCGAUGAGCCAGGCACCGGAGGUGGCAGAGAAACUGGACGCUGAUUCGGCACCCACGGGAGUGCUUCACAUUUCUGGGCCAGACAGGAGCGCGAGCGCUGCGCCCAAGAUGGCCACACCUCUGGCGCCGCCCUGUCGCGCCUGGCGAGGCAAGGCCUGUGGAAGCGACGCCCACGCGAAGCUGGACGUCUCAGACCCAGUCGAGGAUUCGCUGCCCAUGGCAUCGGAUGGUAGUGACGAGGAGGUCGUGGCGACCCAACAUGUGGCAGUGCCCGGACCAGAAGGAGAGGAGGAUGAAGGAGAGGAGGAUGUCGAAGAGGCCGAAGAGGUCCGGCACGAGGCGCACUGUUGCCUGUGUGGCAUGGCCUACUCGCUGAACGUGGAUGCAAGCGCGCUGGGGGACUUCUGCUGCGAGGAUCUGGGUGGCUCCUGCAGCCCUGAAGCCGCGGAACCGGAGCCGACGGAGCCGGAGCCGGCGGAGCCGGCGGAGCCGGCGCCCGAGGAGGAGGACGUGUUUGUGGCAGUGUGUGAUGAUUGUGCGGCCACUCACGUGACACACAUCGACUUCAUGGGCCUGGGCUUGAACUUCAACUGUGCCAUGAUGGGUGAGAGGUGUGAGGGUGAAGAGUCCGAAUCGCCCCGGAGACCUGCCGCAUCGGCUCCCUUGCCUGCACGAUCUCAGCUGCAGCGGCUCUCUUCAGAUGAGAAGCGGGAUCUGUUUGAGAGGUACGCCAUCCAGCGGCAGGAGGAGCGAGUCUCCAAGAAGCACAUCCACAAGAGCAUCCAGCAGCUUGCAGACCGCAAAGGCCAGCAGGAGAGGUACCGCGACAACAGUGUUGUCACCAGGAAGGGCGAGAGGUUCAUCAAGGUGGAUGUCUCUCUUGACCCGGGUCCUGGCUGCGAGCUGGGCGGCAUCAUCGGCUGGCGCACCAAGCAAGGUCGGCGCGGCCUAGGCAUCAAGAAGAUGACGAAGGAAGAGGCCGACAAGGUCUGCAUCAGCAACAAGACCAGGAUCCAUACGAAGAAAGCCAUCAGCUCUGGCGACAAGAAGGUGGUCUUUGAGAACAAGUGGUCGAAGCACACUGCGGGGUCCAUGGUGGGAAGUGCUGGUGGGUCCUUGGCAAAGAGGUGACUGGCGGCCUGAGGCCCUGUCAAACCACAGACUUUCCAGCACGUGCCACGCUGGCAGAUCCGGCAGAGCAGCAUGCAACGCAUUCACAGGCCGGGUUUCGCUAAAUCUUUGGACCUUGGGCUGCGC